CAGAUCUGCAGAAAGGCAGAAUGGGACUCAGAGCCUGGUGAGAAAUUAGGGGGCCCCGGGUGAAGGGGAUCAUGUUGGAAAGAGUACAUGCUGGAGAGUGGGAACAUAAUGACAGUUCAGCUACCACUAAAACCCACCUGCCGUCCCUGCAGCCUUCUAGGGCUCCUUGCCCUCAUCAUCGCCAGCGAAUGUCAUUACACCCCAGAGCCUGACCAACGGAGGACGUUACCCCCAGGCUGGGUGUCCCUGGGCCGUGUGGACUCCGAGGAAGAGCUGAGUCUCACCUUUGCCCUGAGACAGCAGAACCUGGAGAGACUCUCGGAGUUGGUGCAGGCUGUGUCGGACCCUGGCUCUCCUCGCUAUGGAAAAUAUCUAACCAUAGAGGAUGUGGCUGAGCUGGUCCGGCCAUCACCACUUACCCUCCACACAGUCCAAAAAUGGCUUUGGGCAGCUGGAGCCCGGAACUGCAAUUCAGUGACUACGCAGGACUUUCUGACUUGCUGGCUGAGCGUCCGACAGGCAGAGCUGCUGCUCCCUGGGGCUGAAUUUCAUCGUUAUGUGGGGGGACCAGCAAAGAUCCAUGUUGUAAGGUCCCUACGUCCCUAUCAGCUCCCUCAGGCCUUGGCCCCUCAUGUGGAUUUUGUGGGGGGACUACACCGCUUUCCCCCCACAUCAUCCCUGAGGCAACGCCCCAAGCCACAAGUGGCAGGAACUGUUGGCCUGCACUUUGGAGUGACUCCAUCUGUGCUUCGAGAGCGAUACAACCUGACAGCACGAGACGUGGGCUCUGGCACCACCAACAACAGCCAGGCCUGUGCCCAGUUCCUGGAGCAGUACUUCCAUGACUCAGACCUUGCUGAGUUCAUGCGCCUCUUCGGUGGCAACUUUGCACACCAGGCAUCAGUAGCCAGAGUGGUCGGCAAACAGGGCCGGGGCCGGGCAGGGAUUGAGGCCAGUCUGGAUGUGCAAUACCUGAUGAGUGCUGGUGCCAACAUCUCCACAUGGGUCUACAGUAGCCCUGGACGGCAUGAGGCACAGGAACCCUUUCUGCAGUGGCUCCUCCUGCUCAGUAAUGAGUCAUCUCUGCCACAUGUGCAUACUGUGAGUUAUGGCGAUGAUGAAGAUUCCCUCAGCAGUGCCUACAUCCAGAGGGUCAACACCGAGCUCAUGAAGGCUGCCACUCGGGGUCUUACCCUGCUCUUUGCCUCAGGUGACAGUGGUGCUGGGUGUUGGUCUGUCUCUGGAAGACACCAGUUCCGUCCUAGUUUCCCAGCCUCCAGCCCCUAUGUCACCACAGUAGGAGGCACUUCCUUCCAGAAUCCUUUCCUUGUCACAAAUGAGGUAGUUGACUAUAUCAGUGGUGGCGGCUUCAGCAACGUGUUCCCCAGGCCUUCAUACCAGGAGGAAGCUGUAGUCCAGUUCCUGAACUCUAGCCCCCACCUGCCACCAUCCAGUUACUUCAAUGCUAGUGGCCGUGCCUAUCCAGAUGUUGCUGCACUUUCCGAUGGCUACUGGGUGGUCAGCAACAGUGUACCUAUUCCAUGGGUUUCUGGAACCUCGGCCUCUACUCCAGUGUUUGGGGGAGUCCUGUCCUUGAUAAAUGAACACAGAAUCCUCAGUGGUCACCCCCCUCUUGGCUUUCUCAACCCAAGGCUCUAUCAGCAGCAUGGAGCAGGACUCUUUGAUGUCACCCAUGGCUGCCAUGAGUCCUGUCUGAAUGAAGAGGUGGAAGGUCAGGGUUUCUGCUCCGGCCCUGGAUGGGAUCCUGUGACAGGCUGGGGAACACCCAACUUUCCAGCUCUGCUGAAGAUACUACUCAACCCUUGAUCUUUUCCUGCUAGGACAGCUGACUUAUCCUCUGCCCUAUGAUGGUGAAUCAGUCCCUUAGUCUGCCCUGCUGAAUCCUCAACAACUGCAGACAGCUCAUCUCCCUAACUCUGAGAUGCUGUGUGAGCUUGGCUUGACUCCCAACCCUACCCUGCACCCUCACACUCAGGUCUCUUUACUCUUGCCUUGAGUUCCUCAGCAAGAUGAUAUAACCACAAAUUUUUGUCUGCCCUUCCCUCCACCUCUUCCUAUUUUCAACCAGAGAUUUGAAAACAGGGUGAGGACGUGAUCUGUUAUUACUGGUUACAGAAGGCUCAGAUCUGAUGCCCACCACCUCUCUACUAUUUCAUGUCAUGUUUGCGCUUCAAUUUACUACAAUAAGACCUCUGCUCUCACUGUUUAUUCUUUCCUCCCCUGAUGCUAAGAAAUAAUGGCCUACUUGCUGCUUCAUCCAGUGCAUACUUAACUUCUCUUACCAUGCCUGUCUUCAUCCUUCACAGUUUCACCUUCUCUGCUUCCUCAUGGAAUGCUGGUGUUCUUCGUUGCUCCAUUCUUAGUCUUUGGCUCUUAUCAUUUUACUCAUGGUCCCCUGGAACACAUUACUAGUAUCUAUAGCCAUCACCAUCUCACUAAAUAAGAUUUUCUAUCCAGUAGAGAUUGCUACUCAAAUGUGAGAUAUGUAAUACUCAACAGUUCAUCUCCUUUUCACCCCAAAUUAUUCUAUCUUUUGUUUCUUCUUGGUAAAUACUAUAUUUUUUCAAUCAGGCCAGAAAUCCAUGUCCCUUGACUCUCAUUUUCUUCACCCCCCACUACCUUAAGUCAACAAGUUCUACUGAUAGUACCUCUUAAAAAUAUCUGUAUCAAUGCAAAAGUCCUUCCAAUUAUAUUUCCUAAGAACAUCUGAACUUACCUCUCCUCCAUCCCCAUCUCUCUCCAUCCCCAUUGCUACUGUACUAGCUUGAAACCAUAUUCUCUCUCUUUAAAUUAUAGAAAAACCCUUGCAAAAAAUAGUGUCCUUACUUUUGUCCAUCCUAUUCCACCUCGGGAGUCAAAUACAAAUCCCAUGAAGCCAUUUACCUGACAGAAACUCUUUGAAGAUUACCGAAUGAGGUUCACGUUUUUUAUCACAACUCAAAAAACUUAUUUUCUGUUUGAUCCUGAGUAGCAAAUAAUUUUUCCUCUACCUGCCUGCCCCAAGGCCCCCUAGCUCAAGCUCUCCAGUGCCCUGAACACCAACCCCUGAUACAAUUGCCUCCAUGGUUUACAGGAUUCUUUCAAGACUCAGCUCUGAAAUCACUUUCUGAUUCUCUGAGGCUAGGCGAUUUUGGUAUGGCAGAAAAAUCCAGAUUUUCAAAACCAAACCUGGUUGAAUCUUGGUUUUGUAGGAGAGAAAUUUGGCUAAGUAAAUUUAUCUCUAAGACCGUUUCCUCAUGUAAGUGGGGAUAUCACUACCUGCCUUUCAUAAUCAGGGAAUAAAAUCAAGUGGAAUCACGUUAAUAGAGUGCCUGGAAGUGGGUAGCAGAUAUUCUCUUCCUCCCUUGCACUGCACACCCUGUGCCUACCUCUAGCAUUGUAACUACCGCAGAGUAUUGAAAUUGCCAGUGUGUUAGCCUCCAAGACCGUUGGUGCCUAGAGGACUAGAAUCUUGUCCUAUUUAACUUUGUACUUCCAUGUCGUAGCUCAGGAGUUGACAAGCAAGAAUUAAAUAAAUGUUGUUGACAACC